GGCUCCGGCUAAGGCGGCUAACAGGGAGUCCGCUGCUGCCACCUCAACAUGGAGUAGUCAAAACCCAGCGGUCACUGGCAAGAAGCGGAUCCCACAGAGCGGAAUAAGCUUCGUCCACUUAUUCUUUUUCCACGGAAGUCCUCGCCAAUGAGACACCCGUGGACCUUUUAGUAGGUUAAAAGGGAACGCGGCUCUUUUUUUGAAAGAUGGCGAACGACUCCCCAGCUAAAAGUCUAGUAGACAUCGACUUGGCGUCACUGCGGGAUCCAGCUGGGAUAUUUGAAUUGGUGGAGGUGGUUGGAAAUGGCACCUACGGACAAGUAUACAAGGGAAGACAUGUCAAGACUGGACAGUUGGCCGCCAUCAAGGUCAUGGAUGUCACAGAGGAUGAAGAGGAGGAAAUUAAACUGGAGAUUAACAUGCUGAAGAAGUAUUCCCACCACCGAAACAUUGCCACUUAUUAUGGGGCUUUUAUUAAAAAGAGUCCACCGGGACAUGAUGACCAGCUCUGGUUGGUGAUGGAGUUCUGUGGAGCUGGUUCCAUCACAGACUUAGUAAAGAAUACCAAAGGGAAUCAACUGAAGGAAGACUGGAUUGCCUACAUCUCCAGAGAAAUCCUCAGAGGUCUGGCUCACCUACAUGCCCAUCACGUCAUACACCGCGACAUCAAAGGCCAGAAUGUACUGUUGACAGAGAAUGCUGAAGUCAAAUUAGUGGACUUUGGUGUAAGUGCCCAGCUCGAUCGGACUGUGGGCAGGAGAAACACUUUCAUUGGUACCCCGUAUUGGAUGGCUCCUGAAGUCAUCGCCUGCGACGAGAAUCCAGACGCAACAUAUGACUACCGAAGUGAUCUAUGGUCUUGCGGCAUCACAGCAAUUGAGAUGGCUGAAGGAGCGCCACCGCUUUGUGAUAUGCAUCCGAUGAGAGCACUCUUCCUUAUUCCAAGGAACCCACCUCCAAGACUCAAAUCAAAAAAAUGGUCCAAAAAGUUUUUCAGUUUCAUCGAAAGCUGCCUAGUUAAGAACUACACACAGCGGCCGCCAACGGAACAAUUGCUCAAACAUCCCUUCAUUCGUGACCAACCCAACGAGAGACAGGUUCGAAUUCAGCUAAAAGACCACAUCGAUCGCACUAAAAAGAAGAGGGGCGAGAAAGAUGAGACAGAGUAUGAGUAUAGUGGCAGUGAGGAAGAAGAAGAGGAUCCAGCGGAGCAGGAGGGAGAACCAAGCUCCAUUGUUAAUGUGCCGGGCGAGUCAACGCUGCGCCGCGACUUCAUCCGUCUGCAGCAGGAGAACAAGGAAAGGUCGGAAGCACUUCGCCGCCAGCAACUCCUGCAGGAGCAGCAGCUUCGUGAACAGGAAGAAUACAAGCGGCAACUACUAGCCGAGAGGCAGAAACGUAUAGAGCAGCAAAAGGAGCAACGACGGCGCCUAGAGGAGCAACAGAGACGUGAGCGUGAGAUGAGACGGCAACAGGAGCGCGAUCAGCGUCGGCGUGAGCAAGAGGAAAAGCGGCGUAUUGAGGAGAUGGAUCGCAGGCGCAAAGAAGAGGAGGAGCGCCGACGUGCUGCUGAGGACGAAAAAAGAAGGAAUGAUCGGGAACAGGAAUAUAUACGGAGGCAACUAGAGGAGGAGCAGAGACACUUGGAGAUGCUACAAGAGCAGCUCCUGCGCGAACAGGCCAUGCUACUGGAAUUCAAGUGGCGUGAGUUGGAGGAGCAGCGUAAGGCUGAGCGGCUUCACAAGCGGCUGCAACAAGAACAGCUGUUGUCACUCCAGCGUUCAUCCCGUCAGCAACUCGAUGAUGAAGCCAAAGUCCCCUCAGACACUAGCAAACCGCUGAAGACCUCUCCGAGCCCAGACAAGAUCCUUACCCUUACACCACAAGCUGUGGUACUCAACAAUGCUGUUGCAGUACUGAGAGACAACUCUGAAAACUCUGGAGCGCUACAGGAGAUUCAACCUGAGGGCAUUAAAGAUCAGGGUGCGAUGUUGGAGAAAAUUGACCCUGAUGAGAGCGUCAGCUGCAAGCUGGCCUCCUGUCGCGCCAGUCCCCCUCAGCCUGAAACUUCCACCCAAACAGCACCACCUCAGGGAGAACAGGUUGAGCCGCUCAAGCAUCCUCCUCAUCCUAUCAGAGAGGCUGAUGAGCGGUACCGUAAAAAUAUUCAGGGCUCUCCUCAAACUGCCCCUCCUCCCAAGCAGCCACCCCUUCCCCCUCGCUCUGCGGAACCCUUCUCUAACGGUAGCAGUUCAGCCGAAGCUUCUGCUAUGCACCGGCCCAUGGAGCCUCAGGUCCAGUGGUCCCACCUUGCCGCUUUAAAGAGCAGCAACAGUGCCGCCCCCUCUCCUCCUCCUCCUGUGGUCUCUCGCUCCCAGUCCUUCAGUGAGCCCGGUGGUGUUACUACUAGCUUUGCACAACUUCACCUGCGCUCCCAGGAUCCCCAUCACCACCACCACCCAUCGCCUGCACGCACUGAUCCCCAGCCCCAACCUCCCCUCCAUCAGGCCCAGCCCAGUGAUGAAGUGCCACCCAAGGUACCCGUGAGGACAACGUCCCGUUCACCAGUGCUCUCGCGCCGCGAGUCCCCAUUGCCAAUUCAGCCUGGUAGCCAGAGGAACGCAUCCGGUAAUGUGGAGCAGCGUCCUCUCUGGGACCGUGUGGAGAAGCUGCAGCCUCGACCUGGCAGUGGGAGUUCCUCUGGCUCCUCCAACUCCAGCUCCCAGGCUAGUCCUGGGGACCGCUUCCGGCCACGCUGUGAGUCACCUGCAUCCUCCAAAUCUGAAGGAUCACCUCUCCAGCGCCCUGAGAAUGUUCACAAAAAAACUGAUGAAAAGAACUUGGCCAGACCUACUCGACCUGCUGACCUGACAGCCCUUGCCAGGGAACUUCGUGCAGUGGAUGACGUGCGACCUCCCCACAAGGUGACAGACUACUCUUCCUCAAGUGAAGAGUCUGGCACCACCGAUGAGGAGGACGACGAGGAAGUCGACCAAGAGGCAGGAGAGGAGUCUACCUCGGGAGCAGAGGACUCCCGUUCUGGAUCUUCUCAUGACUUCCACAGGAGGCUGAGCAAUGGAGAAACUGGGUCUGCCAAAACCAUGCUUGUUGAAGACUCCGAAAGUAAUCAAGCAACCACACCCUCAAAGGAUGGCACGUUGGUAAUCAGACAGAGCACCGCUGACAUUAAGCGGUUGGUCAAUCUCUCCUCUUCCCCGGCCGCUGCCUUUCAUGGCCAGCCCCAAACCCCCAGCCACAGCCUCCAAGAGAAAAGUGGCUUCACUGGCUACAUUCGCCACCUACCAGACCUUAUCCAGCAGAGCCAUCACUCCCCCUCCUCUUCCACAUCCAUGCUUUCCUCCUCAUCACCUUCUAGUAAUGCCAGUCUCACCAUGUCCCCAUUGAACCCCCUGGACAAGCUUGUUGCCAUCGAGAGCCAGUCAGAGAGCAAUUCCAUGUCCAAACACAAGUCAUCGUCCUCCUUCACUCCGUUCAUUGACCCACGCUUGCUUCAGAUUUCCCCAUCCAGCGGAAGUUCACUCAACAACAUGGCUGGGUUCGGCCAGGAUGUCCGUCUCGCUGACCCGCUAAGGUCUGACCCGUCCCGCAAAGGCUCUGUGGUCAAUGUCAACCCUGUCAACACACGCCCGCCAAGUGACACACCAGAGAUCCGCAAAUACAAGAAGAGGUUCAACUCUGAAAUACUGUGUGCAGCCCUCUGGGGAGUCAACCUGCUAGUGGGGACUGAGAGCGGCCUGAUGCUGCUGGACCGAAGCGGUCAGGGGAAAGUCUACCCACUGAUCAACCGGCGGCGUAUCCAGCAGAUGGAUGUCCUUGAAGGACUCAACGUUUUAGUUACCAUUUCAGGCAAAAAGAACAAGCUGAGAGUUUAUUACCUGUCAUGGCUGCGGAACAAGAUUCUGCAUAAUGACCCGGAGGUGGAGAAGAAGCAGGGUUGGGUUAAUGUGGGCGACCUGGAAGGCUGCGUCCACUACAAAGUCGUAAAAUAUGAGAGGAUUAAAUUCUUGGUGCUGGCCUUAAAGAACUCUGUGGAGGUUUACGCUUGGGCGCCUAAACCGUACCACAAGUUCAUGGCUUUCAAGUCAUUUGGCGACUUGGUGCAUAAGCCUUUACUGGUGGACUUGACUGUAGAGGAAGGUCAGAGGUUAAAGGUCAUUUACGGCUCCUGCUCAGGCUUCCAUGCUGUGGAUGUGGACUCAGGCGCAGUCUAUGACAUUUACCUACCCACUCAUAUCCAGACCAGCAUUCAGUGUCACGCGAUCAUCAUCCUGCCUAACACCGAUGGAAUAGAGCUGCUCGUCUGCUACGAGGACGAGGGUGUAUAUGUCAACACGUACGGACGCAUCACCAAGGACGUGGUGCUGCAGUGGGGGGAAAUGCCGACUUCAGUGGCCUACAUUAGGUCGAAUCAGAUCAUGGGAUGGGGUGAAAAGGCCAUCGAAAUCCGAUCAGUGGAGACUGGGCACCUGGAUGGCGUAUUUAUGCACAAAAGGGCACAGAGACUCAAGUUCCUGUGUGAGAGGAAUGACAAGGUCUUCUUUGCCUCUGUGCGGGCUGGAGGUGCCAGCCAAGUGUACUUCAUGACUUUAGGACGCACUUCUCUCAUGAGCUGGUAGUCGAUAUAGCAAGUCGGCUCCGCGGUGACUAACGGAUGACUACUGUGACCAUGAAGACGCCCGUACACGUCGGUCAUCAUUAAUAGCCAGUGGUGGGCGGGUGUUGCAUUUUGGGGGUGUGCGUGUUAGUAAACUAUAUUCAGACCGAAAAUCCCUUGAGGCAAACCUGUCUCCUCCCUUCUGACCUUUGUGGAAUGUCUGCAUCUUCGUCUGUCCUUGAGCAACCUCGCAUCUUGUGCGCGUGCACAAGGUCAGUGCAGAAUACAAUGAGUAUUUGCACAACUGAGGAUUAACCACACAAAUGCCAAUAGUCAAUCCAACUUUUUGUUGCUGUUUUUAGUUCAGGUGGUACACGCUCCUCCACCAAUUCAGUGGAAAACUGAACACUUUUAUGCCUUCUUUUAAUAUACAUUGAAGGACCUUGGUAACAACAACAGGGUACAGGAUUGUCAACUUUGACAGUUUUAAAGCAUGCCGCCAAGCAAGUUGCAUUAGGCCAGCGUUGCCCAAAAGCUCAGACUUCUCAUACACUGUAAUUUUUCUAUUUGUUUACUGCACGUGAGUAGCAGGGGUUUCAACAUUGCAAAUACACGGACCCAAAUUUUUAUUCACCAUUUGUUGCGUUGUUCCUUUUCAAGCAAAGGAUAAACUGUGAAUUAGAUUUCCAGAGUCAGCAGAUGUACAAGUAACCACAAAAGAAGGCUUGUGUGCAUGAAAUCUGACAGUAUGUGAGUGCCACUGUAGCUCAUGUGGAGUUCAGGUUGCCUUAAGUAACGUCUCUAGUGGAACACAACUGCUGAAAAUCCUGGUUCUAUGAAGCAACAAAAAAAAAAAGUUGAAGGAAGGCUUUAGUCGGAACCAAUGACCAGAGACAGUAAUGGACCUUGAAUUAACAUUUUUGAUCUUAAGUCUUUUUUUCUUCAUUUCCUUCCAUCUCGUGUAAUAUUACACAGUUGCUGUCAUUUAUCACCUAAUGUCAUAAUAGCCACAUUCUGCAGCUCAUUCUGUGAACGAAAACGUUUACAUUUUCCACCUCUACCGCAAAAAGUUUACUGUCCAUCUUGUGGGAAAAUCAUGGUCUGACUAGCAGCGGUGUUGAAAAAUGAUGCCGGAAUGAUGGCAAAAAAGUGGCAUAUUUUUAACUUGGGCUUAGUUUUUAGUCUUUAUCAUGGGAUCCUUUCAGAUAACUGCGACUGCUGUGUUUUUAUAUAUAGAAAUUUACACAUUAUGUGGAAAAUGUUUACAGAAGUCAUUGUUUUGUCAAACCAAUGUGCAUCAAUAUGAGUAUUUAUGGAUAAUUUGAGGGCAGCGUACGGUUUUUGUAUUUUGUAUUCCUUUUUGUACUAUCAGUUAGAAUUUCAUGUACAGGAUAACAAACUGCUCUCACGAAGACAAAUCCAGAGGUUACUGAUUCUUCUGCAAGCUGCUCAAUGUCCCAUGAGCAGUGUGGUUUCAUUUUUUUCUGCCACACCUUUUUUUUAUUUUUUAUUUUUACUUUGCCUCUUUAAUUUAUGUCCUGUGUGUGUAUUAUGGGAAUUACUGUUAUUUCCAAAAGGUCCUUUUCAUUGAAUAAACCGACAUUUACAUUGUG